GGCCGUUUGUUCGUGAUGGGGCGGUUGUGUCUCUAUCUUAGGUGACUUCUACCCAGGUCGUCGGGACGGAGCGGGGAGGACAGCCAGGAGGGCCCACCUGCGCCUUUGUACGACCUGGGAGAGGGUCAGCUAAGCCCGCUGGACUCGCCGGUCUCCGGCGCCCUCACGUGGCCCUACGCUCCCCGCGGUGCGAUGGCGGCACUGGUGACCCCGGCGCAGGUAUUGGUGACCUUCAAGGAUGUGGCCGUGACCUUUACCCGGGAGGAGUGGGGACAGCUUGAUCUGGAUCAGAGGACCCUGUACCAAGAGGUGAUGCUGGAGAUCUGUGGGCUCCUGGUCUCACUGGGGCAUCCAGUUCCCAAACCGGAGUUGAUUCGCUUGCUGGAGCAUGGGCAGGAGCUGUGGACGGGAACAAGAGGCCUCCCACGUAGCACGUGCCCAGGUGACAGAGCAAAACGUCAGACCAGAGAGCCAGUUUUGUCUGAAGGAGCCUUGCUCCAGGGAAGCCUGACUCUGGGAUCUUCAAGGGACUGCAGGUCGAGGCAAGCCAGGGAUCCGGAAGGGCUUUUGGAAGUACAGAAAGGUCAGCUGAGGCCAGAGACAGACGCCCACAAGGCGACCCAUCCUGGGAAAACGAGCCUUGAAGAUGAUGGUUUGGAGGCGGAUGAUGGUGUGCACUCCAGGGCGUUCCAGGAGAGAGUCUCUGAGGGAGAUGUUCUCUGUGAGCGUGACCCACAGGGACCAGGAAAAGGCCCCCUGAUUCAUAACCUCUACAAGUGCAAGCAGUGCGGGAAGUGUUUUAACAGGAAGUGGUACCUUGUUCGACAUCAGCGGAUUCACACUGGAAUGAAACCCUAUGAAUGCAACGCGUGUGGGAAAGCCUUCAGCCAGAGCUCAACCCUGACCCGGCACUACGUCAUCCACACCGGGGAGACACCGUACAAGUGUGCCGAGUGCGGGAAGGCCUUCAAACGCAGGUCGUACCUCCUGCAGCACCAGCCGAUCCACACCGGGGAGAAGCCCUAUGAGUGCGGCCAGUGUCGAAAGGCCUUCACCCACCGCUCUACUUUUAUUCGCCACAAUAGGACCCACACUGGAGAAAAACCCUUCGAAUGCAAAGAAUGUGAGAAAUCAUUUAGCAACAGAGCACACCUCAUCCAGCACUACAUCAUCCACACUGGAGAGAAGCCCUACGAUUGCACAGAGUGUGGGAAGGCCUUCAGGUGCAGCUCAGAACUCCUGCAGCACCAGCGGAUUCACACGGGGGAGAAGCCCUAUGAGUGUGCCCAGUGUGGGAAGGCCUUUCACCGGAGCACGUACCUCAUCCAGCACUCUGUCAUCCACACCGGGGAGACGCCGUACAAGUGUGCCGAGUGUGGGAAGGCCUUCAAACGCAGGUCACACCUCCUGCAGCACCAGCGGGUUCAUACUUGAGAAAAAGGCCUUCACCGCUGCUCCUUUUUUGUCUUUCAUGAGGGGAUCCACGCUGGAGGGAAGAACCCUUUGAGUGCAGAGAAUUCUGGGAAGGUUUUUUGUCUGCUUUUCAAAUGCACAAGUGGUCACGUGGGAGAAGACGCCUUGUGAAUGCAGUGGAAAUGUCAGAAGACUUCGGCCCCUGCUCAUCGUUCAGAGGAUUCAUUCUGUGGAGAAACUCAGCGCGAGAAGCCAUGCCACCCGUGGGUCCGUCCACCUCUGUCAACAUCAGAGAACAUACCGGGAAAAGACGUUCUGAAUAUAACCAGAAGGACGCUCCUCAGCCGAAAGAAAAGACUCGUCCUCGCCACCUGAGAAUGUGUAAUGAAGAGGAACCACGUAAUUAUUGCCGUGAGAAAACCUCCUGUGACAGGUCACCACUAGUCACAUAGAGUCAUAUUGGAACUUGACGGAGCUUGAGCUUUCCCUGUGAGGAAGCACAGAGGAGACAGACUCAGGGGUCGUUGUGCGCUUAUAACAACCUUCAGCCACAGGGCUCCCCAUUGGUUUGCACUUAAGCCAUCUCAGCAUUAUGUUAAAAAGAAAACUAACAAGGGAACUCCCUGCGGAGUCCCAGUGGUUAGGACUCUGCGCUUUCACUGCAGGAGGACCUGGCUUUGAUCCCUGGUCGGGGAACUAAGAUCCUGCAAGCCCCACGGUGCGGCCAAUAAAGAAAAAAGAAAAUAACAAAGAGGUGGAGGGGAUAGAGACAAAGGCUAUAAACGGAAAAAACAAAUGCUUUCGGAAACUCUUUCAGACUUUCUUGCCAAGCCUGUUGCAGUUUUUCAUCAGUUCUGCUUUUUGGUGGGGCAAUGUUUGAGGGAGAAAAGGACCCCAGCCCUUUGUUUUUAUGUGUUCACCACUGUCUUGUGUCAGGAAAGUUGGAUGUUGAGGGCAGCUCCACCAACAUUUGUUGGAAGGCUUUGUUCUGAACGUCUCUAGCCAUUUGCAUAAUUCUUUGUGAGAAAGAUGAGGGCUUGAGUCAUGAGCUACUUGAACUUGUAAGAAAUUAGAAUACCGAAAAUAACAUCACACAAUACUUGUAUUUUAUAUCUAAGGAGAGAAUGGUCCACAUAGGGAUCGCCACAUUAAAGUGUGCACCCCUAAA